AUGGCGAAUAUCAAACAAGAACCAGGUGUCUCAGCCAUUAUGCUACGGCCCAUCCAGGCUGCUACUUCAAAGACGGCUCAACGGUCGUAUAUAAAUUUAUUUCUCUUCACGUGUGCGACCUUUGCUCUAUUUGGCAUAUCAACCAUAGCAUACUGGGUGUUUUACUACAACUUUGUGCCCCAGAUUAGCCUUGAACGGCAAAUACACCUUCAAUAUGACAUGGCCUUUCCAUAUGGUACUGCACUUUUGGGGUCACGUAUGAUUCCACUUCAAAAAUACGACGUCAAAGUGAUCUUACAUCUCCCUUCUACCCCUGCCAAUCGAGCCGCAGGUAAUUUCAUGCUUGACCUUGCUUUUCUCCAGGAGCCGGAUGAUUUAACUGGAUCCAUUGCAAAUGCAUCUGAGAAUGUGCUGCUACGGUCACGCCGCCCGGCUAUGCUGACUUACACAUCCCCAAUGGUAGAUACAGCUCGCCAGUUAUGGAGACUUCCACUCUAUGUUCUAGGACUAAAACGGGAAGCGGAAGAGCUUAAUAUUGGAAUGAUGGAACGAGUUCAGUUUCCCAGGGGGAAACGAGGGGUACCCAAAGGCCUUAGGCUAGAGAUUCAAAGUAAUGAACGGAUUCAAGUGUACAGAGCAAGUGUGAGGAUAGAUGCAAGGUUUACCGGUCUAAGAUGGAUCAUGUAUAACUGGAGAACGCUUUCGUUUCUGACCUUCGGUUCUAUGUUUUGGCUCGUUUCUACAUCGGUCGCCACUGGAGUCUGGCUCGUACUUUCAACUCGCUCUUCAGGGGGGGAUGGAACGGCCAUUAAGAAGGAAGAGGAUGUCGACGAUGAUGAGGAGUUCAACAACGGUUCAGAACAAUCCACGGCUAUGCGGGAAAGUACUGCCGAAAGGCUGCCUCCUGAAAUUAAGGCUGAGGAAGCGGAUGGCCCGUCAGCGUAUGGCUCUAAUGAAGACGACGGGCGAGACGAAGAUCAAGGAAGCGAGCAGGGCAGAAUCUAG